AUGGAAUAUUCCGAUGAUUCUGACUUCUACGGGGAUGAUGAUAUGGUCAUGGACCUUAACAACCGUGUACAACGCUUUGAUGUUCAGAGUUGGAUGCUCGAGCAACAGCAAAGCCCUGGAAGACCUAUUCCUGACACGAGCACCGUUCGCGAAACAUCGCAUCUUCACAAUCCCUAUGCUGGGGUAGAUUAUGCAUGGCAGCUUACCGAGACGGUAGAUCAGUUCCUCGCACGUCUCCCACCCAGGACAACAGACAUUACAGAGGAUACGCCUUGGAUCUUUAUUUGCAAUCCGUAUAUCCCCCGAGUCGAGAAGUCUAUGGGGCAGAACCAACUUAGUAAAGGUAACGAAGAUGAGGCUCCCGAGGAAGAAGGCAGCAAGACUGCGCUUGUCAUAGAAGGUGGCUUGGAGAGACUAGAACUUCUCUCCAAGUUCAAGGACGGACUGAAGAAAACCAACAAGGUUCUUGCAACACAAGAGCGGGAGAUUCAAAAAGAAAUCAAGAAAGCCUCGGAUGAUAUACUGCACCUGGCGCACGCCGCCAAAGUCCGCGCUGGCAAGUGGAUGUUAUUUUGCACACCAGCAGAAGUAAACGACGUGUGGGAGAUUGUCGCGAAAGCGACUGCCAGAAACGAGCUUGGCAUUGCCGCAAAGGUUGCUCCAAGACCAGCCGAAGAGGAUUCUCGAAAAGAUCGACUCAUCUGCGUGUACACGACCGAUUUCGCAGACAAGGCCGAUGUUGGCAGGGUACUUCAAAAGCUUCGAGAGCUCAGAUUGGUUGAAGCUCGAGGAAGACCUAUCUACUAUAAGCCAGAUGCAUAUACGUACAUAGGGAUAUCGUUUGGGAAUCCCUGGGGUCUGAAAGCGUCGAUCUAUAAGUCAUCUGACAUCUUCCAGACCUAA